AUGUCCAGCCUUGUCAUUCCUCUGGUCUCAACCACACUUCCGAUGUGCAAACCGGAUCUCAUGCCUUUCCACAUCGACUACGAUGGUCCAGCACCUGUCUCCGCGUUCAUGCGCAUCAGCCCGUUAAAGCAAGAAGAUUCACCAUCCAAGAUAGCUUCCCCGGCCGUAGAAGGCGAGGAAACUGCAGAAAACGCGUCCACGGAUGCGAUGAACGUCGAUUCUGCCCGGCGGUCGCCCCAGCCAAGCCAACCGCGACGACGCUCGCCAGGCACCGACGCCCGCCAUUACGUGGUCAAAGACAGAAUCGACCCUCAUGGUUGA